AUGUCACACCAAUACCACCACUACAUUCCAAGAUUCCUUUUACGCAAUUUUGCUAUUGACAAGUAUGAGAGGAUAUUUUAUGAAGUCAAUAUAGCACAGCAGCAAUAUGAAAGUCGCAAAAAGGCCGAACUUCUUCAAAUUUACGAUAGAAAGAAAGAUAAACUGGGAAUUUCUUUAAUCGCUAACACUUAUGGAUACUGGGAUAUGUACAAAGAUCUUAAUAAUACAGACGUGAUGCACGUAGAAGAGAAGCUUUCUAAACUUGAAGGGAGUGUAGCAAUAACGAUAAAAAAAAUUUUGAAAGCAUCUCAAGAGAAAAAUAAGGUCGUUUUGCUCAGGAAAUAUCUAGAGGAUCUACGCAAGUUUCUUUUUGUUAUGAAUUAUCGAAAUAAUCAUCGAUGGUUUCAGUUUACUGGCGAUAACUUUGACUUUAUCACUAGGUCGAUGGUAAACGAUUUUAUGCAGCAGCAAAAUCUACAAAGGCCUGAAGAAGUGUGGUUACAAAACAUCCGCGAAAUAUUAGAUACACCUCAUUGGGAAGUCAAAGAUAAUAUGAAAAUUUUUAAAAUUGAUAGAGACGACUACAAUCAGCGCAUGGUCGAAUGUUUUCUUAUUAUUUGGCAAGCUGGAGAAAAUGACGAGUUUAUAGUAACUAGCAAUGGAUUUGGAAUCUUCGAAGGAGUAUCUGGAAAUAUGUUUGGAUCACCAUUUGGGUUUGCUUACCAUACGUUUUACGUACUUUCUCCAAAAUUGGUGUUAGUCCUUUGCCCUUCACAUUUUCGAAAAGAAGUCGGAGAAACUGAAUUGUUAUACAAAUGUUUUGGUGGUCAACGCUCGAUAUUUGAAAACGUCCCUCACCCUGCAGCAAUUCCGAAACAUGUUGGUCGCGUGAAACCUACUUCUUUUAGUGAAUCAAGUAAUAAACCGAAAUUAAACAUAACCGAUCCAAUUGAUUUAAAAUCUCAUUUAUUUGACGCGGUCCUAAAAUCAAAUGGCAUCGAAACACGGUGGAACGAUGAAUUUACUUUUUCUUUCGUCAAAAUCGAUUCAGCUACUGUUCACCUUGUAAACAUCAUCUUGCUCAACGAGGUUGGACCAGAUCUAGUUUUGACUUUUUUAUCCCAUCCAAACCUUUACAAGACAAUUGUCAAAUACAACAAACACUAUAAAGACAGCGUAAAAAAAGACUUCACGAAUUUGAAAAAGAAGUUGAGAACAGAAUUAAACAGAACUCACAAGGAUGACUUGCAUCUUCGGAGAAAAAUUCCAGAAAAUAGCACAUUUACUUGGAAUUUUCGGGAGAUUAAUUAG